AAAUCAAGCCGAGGAGUCGCUUUCCGUUGAGCAGCGUGGUGAGGGUCAGAGCAGACUUAACAACCCCAUUCAUUUAAAAAAUAAUCUCCCAAAGAUUAUUUGAAAAAUACAAAGAAAUGCCCUGUCGAAAGGAGAAAUACAUUCUUUUAGAGCAGUCCGUCACCGUUGAUUCUAAAGAGGUGGACGCUCUUGUUACUAAAAUCGGCGAAGCAUUGCAGCUACACAACAAUGCGAGCGCUAAUCAAAAGGCGAUGUCAUGUCUUCACAGCCACAACAGCAACGGUAGUAGCAACGCCAAACAGACUAACAACAGUUCCGCGACACUGCAAAGGCGAAAUGGGUGCUGCAUUCGUCUCCGGAAUCGAGGACUACGUAGCCGGGCCAGCCCCUACAACAUCCCGGGAUCCAGUGAUCAGGAAUGGGACCGAUUUAAAUCAUGGAACCGAAAGACGGCUGACGUUUCAAACGAAGAGGAUGAUCCCCAUCAGUUGCUCCAGGAAUUGAUUUUGUCUGGGAAUCUCAUUAAAGAGGCAGUCAGGCGAUUGCAGUUCACUGCGUCGGAACGUGCAGAUCAUUCAAACUCGGCCGGCAGUAUGCAAUACUAAUGGGAUGAGAUUGUAUUUUAUGAAAUGCCAUCUUUAAUUAAAUGGACUGAUGGACAAGGACAUGGGAGUGGACGAAGAAACUUAAGUUACCUGACCGGAGAUUAAAAAAAAAAAGUCCUAGCAGCUAGCUAUUUGCAUAAGACUUAAAUGUUUAAUGUACAGCUAGCGAAUAACAAUGGCAUGCUAACUAGCUAGCAACCUCCUCACAUGUAAAUGCUAACGAUACUAGCUAGCUAGUUAGCGUGUUCAAACAUUUUGGUGUUUUCUACAAAUUGUUUAAAUUGUUUUUUUUUUGUGUGUGUUUUUUUUUUUUUUUUGUAACUGGUCUUUUAAGAUAAGAAAUGUCUGGCAAUGUUUAAGCUUUUUUUCAUUUCCGAACCUAUUUGGGGUUGUGAGCACGCUUGCUAAUUGACCAACCCUUUUCCCAGGUCUGUGUAGCUGGCACGCCAGCAGGCGAUAUUUAAGAAUAACACUGUCCUUGUUUACAGUACGAGUUAUCAGGGCGCCUGCUACCUGUAUUUGUUUAGGUUCACCAGCUAAAUUUAAACGCCCCACCCAAGGUCCUCUAAAGCCAACUAUCCCUGGAGCUGCACUCAAGAAAGCGGUGAUUUAACUAUCUGGACACAUUUGGCUAACCUCCGCUGUUGGCACGUCGACCUCCUGAGAGGGGGGGAGGGUGCUGUUUCCAAGAUUGAACUUACGUUUCUCAGAACUGACUGGCCCAAAACAACGGUGGGUUGGACUACAUAGUAGAGGGCAGUGGCCAUAAAGCUGGAAGGUUUUUUUGGUGCUUGACCUUUCGAAUUCCGACGUGGAGUUCAACGGAUUUUGUUUUGUAUUCUGUAAGGUAAUCAACUGUACACUUCGCAACGAAGUAUUUUUUUUUAAACACGUUUCCUGAUUUUUCAGGGCUUCGGUGUCUUAGCUUAAUAAACACGGUGUUUUGCAAUCAUG